CUUCACAAAGACCGUGACCAUAUUUUCAGAACACCUGCCUGAACACCACUCUUCGUAUAAGUAAAAGCAAGACUACAAAAAGUUUCCAAAAAGAAUUUGGAACAUGGAUUGUUCUCACCUUCGGCUACUGAGUUUCGCUUCCGUCGUCAUUGUUUCAGUCUUCAGCAGACCGACAAAUGUCCACCUCCGUAACAUGCACAGCUUCAUAACUGCGGUGGAACAGCUUGAAGGUUCCAACCCUGGUCUGACCCCGCUGGCUCUGGUCAGGGCUCUUAGGAAGACCGCUGGUCACGAUGACGCCAUGACAAUGCAUUGCCUGGGUGCAUCUAACAAUCUAAGUGAUGCCGAAGUCCUAGAAACGGCGAUUCUAAAUGCCUCGUCCUUUAGCUUUUUCGACAAAGCUAUUCACCAUCUUGUGACGGAUUAUGGUGAGGAGCGAGGCGUGGUCCUGGCUCCAGAUGGCAGUACGGUGGCGCUUGCACCCUUGCUCUUAGGAAUAGAAGCCGGGCUCAAAGCAAAGAUGGAGGGAACAUCACCUGCCUGCUUGUUCCCUCUAACAUUAGGUCGAACACUUGGCUUGUCCUUCCUAAGCCUCCAGGACUUCCCACCCUCAAAUCGGCUGGGACCUAAUGGAUGCUGGGACAAUGUGGACCACCCUAGAAUGUUCAGGCUAUCAAGACCCGCCACUCUGGCCACAGAUGCUGUGAUACAUGGAGGCAUGGAUGGAGCCAUUCUAGGCCACGACAUUUACCAUCUACCUGCUGCUGAAGACCCUCAGCCCCUCAGUCAGGUGCUGAAAGGAUACUACAGUUUUGAGAUACGAGGAGAGCAGGACUUUGAUUUGAAUAAGCACAUCAGCCCAAGAAGAAGGGAGCUCUCGAGAGCCAUUCUGGAGCCCCUGAAUCUCCAAGAGGAAGUGAUGGAGACGCUCCGAUUGGUCUGGAAGUUGGAGAAAACAGAAUGGAUCGCCUUUGAUACCGGAGUUGGGAAUUCUGUUAAGGACGGAUUGGAGGUUUUUGUGCACAAAUACUGGGACUGCCCACAAAUCAUCCCUCGCUGUCAAUGGGGAGCAAAGCCCCCCAAAGACACCCCUCUGCCGCUGUCGCUGCCCCUCCAGUUCCUCUACAUUCAUCACACCUACGAACCGUCGUCGCCAUGUUUAUCAUUCGCCACGUGCGCCAGUGACAUGAGGUCGAUGCAACGCUUUCACCAGGAAUACCGAGGUUGGAACGACAUUGGAUAUAGCUUUGUGGUCGGCUCCGAUGGCUACAUCUACGAGGGUCGAGGUUGGAACACCCUCGGGACGCACACUAGGGGUCGCAACAGCCUCGGAUAUGGAGUCUCAUUCAUCGGUAACUACACCGCCUCCCUACCGUCGCGCUACUCCAGGAACCUGCUGCAGAAUCACUUCGUCCGGUGCGCGGUGGCCCGAGGAGGCCUCGUUUCCAAUUUCACCAUUCACGGACACAGACAGGUGGUGAACUACACCAGCUGUCCUGGGGAGGCGCUCUUCUCCGAAAUACAGAGGUGGGAGCACUUCAGGGACUGACCGCUUAACCAUGAACUGCUGAAAGUCAUUAAAAUAGAGAGGUUUUUGUCCAGUCAGUUAAAUGAGUGUGUAUUUCUUCCAAUACAUUAGCACUUGGACAUCAAAUGAUUAUUGUUCAAAACAAAACAAAACAAAACAAAACAAAACAAAACAAAACAAAACAAAACAAAACAAAACAAAACAAAACAAAACAACACUUCUGUCGAAAUUACGUUUUAUAUUUUUUAUGAUAGACCUGCAUGCAUUUUAUGCACUUUGGGAGACAUUAAUGAAGAACUGCAAUAAUAUU